AUGACUGUAUUCUUGUAGUACUCUUUUAAAUAUAUGCUAUUUAUAUCAUCAACUAUUUUAGAUUCUGCAAAAAACCUACCAAUGAAGCCUAAAGUUAAUAAAACAUUUAGUACUGGUAAAAACUAUGCAAGCACUUAAGUUAUCAGCGGGUAUUAUAUCUUGCUAAUAACUUACAUUUAGUCAAGUAAAAAUUAAAAUUAACCAUAACCUGUAAACCCAGAUUUAACUAAUAUGUUAUCUUAGGUAUAAAAUUAGAAGGAAUUUUACAUAAUAUAAUUAUAUAUUUCUUACGGAGAAGCACAAUUUGGGAGAUUCGCGCAAGGUUAAACAGUAAGGGAAAACAAUUACUAACUCAAAUUAACUGGAUCUGUAUAUAUUUCUUUAGAAGAAUCAUCAAUAGUAGAAUAAUCUAUACAUUUAAAUCCAUCAAAAUUUGGAUCAUUAUCACAAUCAACAAAAUUUAGAUUCACAGUAUCUAUUUGA